CACCACUACCACCACCACCACCCCCCUUUCUCUUCUAUGGUAACAUUCAUUGCUUCCAUUCGAUAGAUAGUCUGUCGCAUCGCCUAUCCGUAUCAUGUCCUCGACUCCCUCGUCCACCUCGUCCUCCGACGAACCACCCGCACGGGGUUCUCACCACAGUCAAUACCGACUGCGUGUGACCGCAGGACCGUCACACGACCCAUCGACCCACCAACUUGUCCCCGUCAACGCCUCUGAGACGCUCACCUUCGAGAACGACCACAUCAUUCUUUCUCUCGCCGUCAGGAUACGACAUUUCACGGGCUACCCGAACGACUCCCCGACGACGUCACCUUACUUUGACCACUCCCUGCACUCCAGCGACCAGUACUCGAUAUCCUUUUCGUUCAUACCCAAAGUGGACAUCCCAGGAGGAGAUCUGAUAUUCGGAAACGAUUUCGAUCGACCCAUACGAGACAGACUCCCUCCCGGGUUCAACCAAGCAUUCAAAUUCGUCAAGUGGUGGAUCGACCCCGGUCUCGAGGGGGACGUGUACGCCGACAAGCCGUCCCUCUUCGGUCCGGCCUUGAGCAGUUGGAACGUCCUACACAUUGGAGACAAGGUCGUCGAGCAAGAUCAAUUACAAGCUCCAAACGCAUGGAAGAUACCCAACGCGACGUCCUUCCACGAGACCGUCGUCGAAGAAGGAGCCGAAGGUUCAGGCGAGGAGGUCCGCAAGGAUACCGGAAUCCCAGCCGACUCGGCGGCCCGCAAGAAAUACUUUUUGACACCGGCGAAUCGAGACAAGUUUGUUUUUGAAGCCGGACGCCUUUUCCAGUCGGAUUUCGGAAACCCCUACCUCGACUUCAACGACUUUUCACUCAAACUUCCCGGGUUCAGUCUAAACGUGAUCAAAUACGUAGACGCAAAGACUCACGAAUUACGAUACACUCUCAAGAAUAAAUCGACGGACGAAAUUUAUGCCUCUGUCAUGUUCACCCUGCUUUUCGGUGAGGAAUUAGAACAAGUCAAGAAGGAACAAGGCGAGGCGAAUGUCGAUACUGAUGAUGGCGAUGAUGACGACGAUUUUAGAGAUGCAAACGAAAACACAUCGAAUCAUGAUGAUGACGACGACGAUGUCGAUUGAGUUUGGUCGGGGGUCUUGGGGAUGUAUCGUUUCUGGACAACAACAAAGCAUGAACGAUCGGCGUGGGUUGUGUAUACCUACCUAGGUAGCGUAGCAGAGGACAUUUUUUGGGCGCACACAUUCAGCGUUUGAGCAAUGGCGUGUGUGAUAUCAAUACUGGGCAAGUGUAGAAAUACAGGCAAGGAAUAUACUGGCAUAGAAUCGAGAUUCUUUUUUAAUUUCUAGAUGUUUACCUACCCAGGUAGUAACCCC